GUGGGCCAGCCAGCCCAUCAGAAAGGCAGCCUCAGUGUUAGUUAACACUUCACUGUCGGAGAGUGGGGUAAAGACAAGAGAAAAGCAAGGCCCGAGAUUUGACAAUAACCUUAAAAAAGGAGAAAAUGUUACAGAGGACGGCGUCCAAUGUGUCAGACAAAGUAAAGAGCAGCAAGCCAAAGCGCUCCACCAGCUUUGGCAGGUUUGAGGGUCUCAGACAUCACUCUUCACAAGCCAAACUAGAGGAAAAUGGAACAACUGCGCUUCCAGAAGAAAGUGAGAUUUUGGACCCAAACAAAUCAGCUGGACUUGGGAAGAAGAUGAAGGCAAUUUCUCUGACCAUGCGCAGAAAAAUGGGCAAAAAACACGCCAAGUCUUUUUCUGAGGAGGCAGGUGAUGACACAGAUAAAGACCCAGAGGCAGAGACAGAGAGUGGCCCACCAGCUGAGAAAAACUCUGCAAAGACAAGCAACUCCUUAGAGAGUCUUUACAGCGGCCAGAGCUCCUCUAGUUCAGGUGGUGUGACCAGCGAGUCCAACGGUUCUGGUCAGAGAGACAGUCUGAGGCUGGAGGAGGACGGCUCUUAUCAGGGACAGUUCUGUGGCAGAGCUCGCGUCCACACAGACUUUGUCCCCAGCCCGUAUGACACAGACUCCCUCAAACUCAAGGUCGGUGACAUCAUCAACAUCAUCAGUAAGCCUCCGAUGGGCAUCUGGACAGGCAUGCUUAACAACAAAGUGGGCAACUUCAAGUUCAUAUAUGUAGAUGUUUUGGUGGAGAAAGAGGAACCAGAGGAAGCUCCCAAGAUCAGACAACAGAAGCUGUGCAAAAGACCUCGGCCUAAAACGUUGCUGGAGUUACUGGAGCGACUGAAUCUCGAGGAGUAUGCCUCUGCCCUGCUGCUAAACGGCUACCAGACAGUGGAGGACCUGUUGCACCUGCAGGAGAAACACCUGAUAGAGCUGAACGUCAAAGAUCCCGAGCACAGACGCAAGCUGCUUGCUGCUGCUGACUGCCGCUACACAGGUGAUGAUGUCAGGGAUGCAGAGGAGCACAGAUCUUCCCACAGUCUACAGGAAGAAGACAGCGACUGUCCCAGAGACUCAGGUUGCUUCAUCCCAUCUGAAUGUUCAGAUAGCAAGGAGGACACAGAGCAGCUCACAGAAACUGUGCACUCUUAGUGUGAUUACUUUUUAGAUAGAUACUUUGAAAAUUUGAAUUCAGUGUUGGGUAUUUUCUUAUCAUGGUUUCAACAAUUAUUGCCCAAUUUUCCUCAAAAUGUCAUGUUUAUAUUCCUUAUUACAACAAGCCAAAAGCUAAUGCAAAAGCUUGUUAAAAGUGUGAUAGGAAGAACAAACAACAAAUAUUCUAUCUUAUCCAUAUGUCACUUUAUCAAUUUAUUACUCACGUUGUAAAUUUUGAUUUCCAGAGUUUUCUUUAUUCUAUGUUGUUGAAAAAGUGAUAUUUCAUUGAUUAAAUGUCACUUGUAUUUAUUCAGUGUUUUUCUCUCCAUAUAAAGUCUUUAUUUAUCACAUCUGCAUCAUUUUGAUCUUUCACAUCAAAUCCAAUCUCAAUUCAACAUCCAGUGUAAUCUUUUUUUCUUUUUCUUUCUAUGAAUGAAGGGAUGUUGGUGAAGGGAUGUUUUUGAAAUGUAGUGUCUGGGUUUAAACAUUGCUUAUUCAAAUAUUGCCUGUAAUGUAUACUGUACAGAAAAAAUGUAUGUUAUUUUCUGAACGUGUGUGUGUGUGUGUGUGUGUGUGUGUGUGUAUGAACCAUAGACUGUAAAAAUUAGGUAUGAACCGAUGUGAAAGUCAGUAUUCAACUGUUUUCACAUUUUUUGGAAAUAAAAUCAAAGAGAUACAAUCAAAUGUAA